AACAAGAACCCGAUGACGUCGUCACGGGGACGGUUGGUGCUGGUGGUGGAACCGACUCAGUGAAGAAAAGAAAUGGCGAUGCUCGGAGGCUUUAGCGCAGCACCUCACAAGAAGAACGCCUCGGACGGGAGCAACGACGUGUCCGAAUUCGUCUGUCCAGUUUGCCUCGAAAUAUUCGACAGUCCCGUGACAACACAGUGUGGACAUACGUUUUGCCACAGUUGUUUGCAGGAAUGUCUGCGUCCACAGAAACCCGUGUGUGCUGUAUGUCGAGGCGCUCCAGGCCACUGGACUAGAGCUGCUCAACUCGAGGCACUCAUUCAAUCUUCUGUGGCAGCCUGUAAGGGAUGUGGCACACAGGUUGGGCUUUCUAAGAUGAGAAGCCACACAGCUGCCUGUUCAAAAUACCAGGAGUACAUUGAGGAGGGAGUCAGGACAACUGCCCAGAGCCAGCCUGCCAUCGUCAGUUCAGUGCCAAAUCGCUACACCUUCACCUGCCCCUACUGUAACUGCCAGAACCUCGACCAGGACGGCCUGGUUGAACAUUGCACUUCCCAACAUGCUCGAGAUGCACGCCAAGUGGUGUGCCCCAUCUGUGCCUCGAUGCCUUGGGGGGAUCCUAACUACAGGAGUGCUGACUUUUUCCAGCACCUGAAGAUCAGACACACUUUCUCCUAUGAUACAUUUGUUGAUUAUUCCACAGAUGAGCACACAAUGAUUCAGGAGGCUUUACAGCGCUCCCUUAUGGACCACUGAAGUGUGAAAAACAAUCCACCGGUGGAGGGAAUCCAGUGAAAUGAAGGGAUGAUGGUCUUGAAAAGACAGAAACACACAGUGUCAUCAUUCAUCUAGAAUGGGGAUGGUGGUACUGACUUACUAUGGGUAAUUAUUUUUCAUAGGGAACUGGUAUCGUAACUAUGAAUAUAUAGGUUUAUUAUUCUGAAAAUGAAUCACGCAAUAUGGUUACAAAAAAAAAAAACAUAUUGUACUGUUUGAUUUAGGAGUAAUACUGUGUUUCUGGUGUGAUAAUCACUUAUCUUCCCCUCCCCCCAGCUGAGUCUGUAGACUGGAUAGUUUGUUAGGUAUCUGCUAAACUAUGUUUAAGCUGUUUGUUUAUCAAUGACAAAGUGUCAUCUAGCAACAAAACAUCCGAACCUGUGAUUUAAAAAUUCUGCAUUGUCAAUACUUGAUGUUAUGAGAGGGUCUAACCACUAGGUGGCUACCUAUUGCCAGCAGACAACAAACUUCACUCGGUGAAGUCUACAAGUAACAGAAACAUAUUAUACUAAUUCUACUCGCAUGUUUAUGCAAAAGGUUAAAAAAGGUAAAGGGACUUUUAUUUCUUUUUUUUUAUUUCUUUUUUGACCACAGUUUUUCAGCAGAUGGGGGGAAAAAACUGUCUUUUCAGUGCUGUUUUUGAUUGAAGCGCGUGUGUUUGUGUAUUAGAGUGUGGCUGGGUGUGUUCAUUCUGUUUUGACAGAUCUACUGGUAAGAAUAAACAAUGAGGGUCAAACACAGCCAGAGAUGGCAUUUUUGCUUUUUUGUGAUGUUUCUCCCUUAUGUCUUUGUGCCUGCUGGUAGAUCUUGUUUUCAAACUUCCAGAACUCAUAGGGCUAAUACAGUAGUUCAUUCAGUGAAUCUACAGAUGCAAGUAUUUAAAAAAAAAAAAAAAAAAAAAAAGUCAGUGUGUUUGGGUUAAUUUGGUCACUUUCAUGUGAGAAUUUAUUUGCAUGUGUCUAAACCACAAGAGGGCAGUAGAGUUCUACAUUUCUGUGACAACAUGACAACAGCUGGUUCUUGCAGGACAUAAUUGAAGACAGAUUUCAUUCUAUAAAUGUGCUUUACCCAGUGCUUUGUUCUCCACUUUUUGGUUUUGUUUUAAUAUACAAAAACACUGGUAUUUGAAUAUUUAGGUUUUUGGUAGGGUUAUUUGUCAUUGUUAAAACAAAAUAACCACAAUUUCAGUUUAUGCAGCUGAUGAAGUGACAUGACAAAAGACUUUAAAUGUAACUUAUUGAUGUGUGUUUCUCAUGCCCAGUGUCUUAGAUGGUCUUUACUAAAAACACUCCAGUUUCUUGUGGCUAUCACUUUCUCCUUUACUUCAGCGGCUUUGAAACAUAAAGAUACAUGGUCAUUUAUUUGUAUGCUUCCAAAAAGACGGCAUGUGCAGUUAGGAAAAAAAAAAAAAAAAUCAGUACAACUUUGCUUGAUCUUCUUUUUACUGGAUGUUUUUGGUUUUCUGUUUGUGUGUUUUUUGUCUUUAUUUGCAAUUUUGUUAUUUUUACAUUAAUGAUUCUUUCAAGUUAGUUGUAAGAUUACCCACACAGAACAGUAGAACAGGCUCGUUUGUCUUCUGCCAACAGGUAAAUAACAAAAAUCUUAACACAGCAGAUUAAGUAGCUCUAAAGCAGAACCUCAAUGCCUUCUCACCUAGUCUUUGGUUCCACUUAGAACUAGAUUUUUUUUUUUUUUUUCUGUCUUGUGCAAUGUAUAAUAAUUUUGUAUAUGUUUCUUCUAAUGUUUAAUGACCUCUUCCUCUUUCGUUUUCUCUUUUUUUUUUCUUUUUUUUUUUUCCUCUCAAUAUAUCUCUCAUUCUCUUCUGUCAGCCCUACUGUCAGCAGGUGCUAAAUCCUGAUAAAUUAAAGCUCUUUAAUUAUUUAAACCCUGGCCCCAGAAAUCAGGUGCAGUGAUUUAUACCUGUGUGUAUGAGACAUGCGGGGGAAGAAACAACACUCGGUGCUGAUGGAUGACCACUGUGUGCGUGUUUGUGUGUGUGAGCGAGAGGAUUUAAACAGAAAGCACUGUUCACAGCGCUGCGAAAACCAGACGUGCCCAGUUGUCAUAAUCUGGCUAUGAGCAAAAGCUGUGUAUUAGUGGAGGGGAAAGAAACUGUGGAUGAAGGAAGGCAAGCUUUCUGCAAACCUUUGUUCGUACAUUCGAAAUCAAGCCAGGGUCGUGUUCGAACCACAAAGAUCUCGCAGCGUGGUUUUUACAUGUAUGUGUAACUUCAUGAUGAAACUCUGGCUCUUCAGUGUACAUUGUCCUCGGAGAGAGAAAACCCUCUCAUCUCUAUUCUUUCCUCCCUUUUUUGUUUCUUUCAUCUGUAAUUACUGUAGCUAAAUGAUAUUACAGCUUUACACCUAGCUCUACAGAGAAUCUCACCCACCAAACUUCUUGAUGUCACCCCCCCCCCUCGUUCUUAUCCUUUCUUCUCGUUACGUUUCCCCCAAUCAGGUUUUUGCUCCUGGCAGAUAGAGGAGUGAUGUUAGCUGUGAGAGAACUAACGAGAUACUCGAGUGCUUCUGGGCAGGAAGGAAGUCGAGCUCAAAAACAUGGCAGGGAGAAGUCUUUCUUGUCUGUUUGGUGGCGCAGCUUAAAAGGGAGAGGGGGGCCAAGGUGGGGAAUAGGAAUAGGAAGAAAGAGAGGGGAAAAAGGGAAGAGAAGUGAACACAUUGAAUAAAAAUUUCAUAAAGUUCAGUGUGUGGUUUCUUUGAUGCGAGCAGUAGAUGGUGCGUACAGUCUGCAGGCUCUGUAGAGGCAGCAAUUAAUGCUACAUGUGCCCAAAGGCAAACUGUGUGAGAGGCGUGGGGACGGUGGGUCGUUUUAUUAUGUGUGUCGUACCAUCACCACCACUAUACCCGAGACACCUCUUUGCUGUCUUUUGUUUUCAUUCACUGUAUUGUAAACCUCUUUCACCUGAACACUGAUUAAAAAAAAUCUCUCCUGAA